CGCAGCAAACUUCACUCCGAGGGACGCAGCAAAUGUUGCCCUCUGCCUGCACCGGCUGCAGCAACAGCAGCAGCAACCACAGCAGCAGCAACAGCAGCAGCAGCAGCAGCAACAGCAGCAGCAGCAAAAACAGCCAGACCAGCAGCAGCAGCAACAGCAGCAACAGCAACAACAACAACAACAGCAGCAGGAACAGCAGCGGCAGCAGGUGUUGCUGCAGCAAUUGCAGCCAGCCGGCUGGAUAGAAGAGUAUUUCAGACGCCUCAAUGAUGCAGCAGCAGGAAAGCGCUGGGCCAGUGCAGAGCUGCGCGACGCUGCAAAUGCUGCCUUUGCUGCUGCUGCUGCUGCUGCUGCACCAGCUGCUGCAGUUGCAUCUGCUUCUGCUGCUCACUCUGCACCAACUGCUGCAGUUGCAUCUACUUCUGCUGCUCACUCUGCACCAGCUGCUGCCCUUGCGCCUGCUGCUGCUGCUGCAGCACCUGCUGUUUCAGCAGCACCUGCUGCUGCAGCAGCAGCAGCAGCUAAACCCGCAUUAUCUCCGUUGCUGGAGCUCGCGCUGCAGCUCUUCAGCAAAGCACAAAAGCAAGGGCAUCCAGUCUCUCCUCAAGACGUGACUCGCCUGCUGAGGGCUCUGGCGCUAUCAGCUGCUGCCCCAGCAGCUGAUAGCGCUGCCCCAGCAGCAGCAGCAGCAGCAAAUAUAACAAUAACAGCAGCAGCAGCAGCAGCAGCAGACUUGGCAGCGCAUGCAGAACGCAGCAAAGGCCUCUACUCGAAGAAGCAACGGCAGCUCGUUGCAGAGUCGCUUAUACAGGUGGGUGUCUGUACACUGAAGCAGCAGCAGCAGCAGCAGCAAAUAUAA